AUGAAGGCAACCAACUUCCUUUUGACCGCGCUCGUCGCCGCCUCGACCGUCUCGGCCUCCCAACAUCAAGUACGAAGCCGCUCAGAUCGUCCUGCACACCUUGUGGCACGAGCACCUCAGCCCACGCCUCAGUUUGGAGGCCUCUUUGGCGGCGGCAACGGCGACGAUGACGAUACGACAACAACUACUCGAGCCAGCUCUACGACCGAUCCCUUUGACGCCAUCUCGUCCAGCUUUGCCGCUGCGGCCUCAUCGUCAGCCGCCGCCGCCGCUGCCUCUUCUUCCUUUGCUGCCGCCGCCGCUGCUGCCUCUUCGUCGUCCGCAGCAGCAGCAGCUUCCGCCUCCUCUGCUUCAGCCUCACGAUCCGCCGCCGCGGCCUCUGCGUCCAAUGCUGCUCAGGCAUCGCAAUCUGCCGCCGCAGCUGCGUCCAGCGCGAGCCUAGCCGCCUCGGAAUCGGCUGCUGCUGCAUCGAGCUCUGCCGCCGCAGCUGCUUCGGCCAGUCGCGCCUCCGUCUCCGCUGCUCAGGUCACCACGUCGGAUGGGCUCACCACCACGCUCACCGCCACCGUUGUCGCCACUGCUUCCUCUGUCACUCCCUCCACCGCCUCCGUCACCGACACCAGCUCUGGCAGCAAGUCUGGUGGCGGCGCGAGCACGGGUCUCAUUGUUGGUGUCUCCGUUGCUGGCGGCGUCCUGGUCCUGGUCGCCUUCAUCUUCCUCUACUUCAAGUUCGGCACUCGUCGCUUCAGCAACUUUGACGAUGGUGAUGCUGACAUCAAGUGGCCCGAGUUGAAGCAUGAUCCGGAUUCGAACGUCAUGCAGCCGUUGCCGGCGCGUCGUACGGGCGGUGCAGGCUUCGACAUGGGCGACGAGUCGGACAACGAGGGCGGUGAGCAGGACAAUGGGGCUGGGAUGCGCGAGAAGAGGGACAGCUUCAGCGGAUCCACCACCGCGCUCAACGCCGCCGCACCAGGUGGGUACGCGGUUGGCGAGUACGCAAGCGGCAUGGAUCACGGAUACGCAAUGGAUCCAGCAUCAGCGUACUACCAGGACCACCACGUGUAUCAGCAGUACGGCAUGCAGACUUCGCCCGGCGCUGCGGUGGCGUAUCCCGAUGGAACGAACCCCUACGCGGUCGACCCGUAUGGUCAUCAGGGAAUGACACACCCCCAGCAGCAGGCAGCGUACUCGCACGGCCAUUACCAGUGA